AUGGCAGAGAGGCUACGAAUCCUCGUCAUCGGUUCGGGAGGUCGUGAACAUGCUAUCGCAUGGAGAUUGGCCAAGUCGCCGUCCGUCGAUGUUGUUCACGUCGCGCCUGGUAAUGGCGGCACAGAGUCCUCCGCGGACAACAUCGUCAAUGUCAAUAUCCCUGUCAAUGACUUCACAGAGUUGGUGGCACACUCACGGAAACAUGGCUUGAACCUAGUGGUCGUAGGGCCUGAAGCGCCCCUCGUUGCAGGGGUGAAAGAAUUCUUCAGUGCCGCAAACAUUCGGUGUUUUGGGCCCUCGAAGAAAGCUGCGCAAAUGGAAGGAUCGAAGGCCUUCUCCAAAGACUUUAUGCAACGGCAUGGGAUACCUACGGCGGCCUUCAGAAGCUUCAGCGAUUACGAAACUGCACGGGAGUAUCUAGAUUCGGUCCACCAUGAUGUCGUGAUCAAGGCGGACGGGCUUGCAGCUGGCAAGGGAGUCAUCAUUCCAACAACAAAACAGGAAGCACACGAUGCUCUCAAGCAGAUUAUGGUCGCACGCGAGUUUGGAUCAGCAGGCUCCCAGGUCGUCAUUGAGGAAUUCUUGGAAGGUGAGGAGUUGAGCGUGCUUUCCUUCAGCGACGGUUACACUAUUCGAUCCUUACCACCCGCCCAAGAUCACAAGCGAGCCCUUGAUGGUGACGAAGGUCCGAACACGGGAGGAAUGGGUUGCUAUGCACCAACUAGGAUCGCCUCGAAGGAGCUUAUUGCACAAGUCGACCGGGACAUUGUGCAGCCGACCAUCGACGGCAUGAGACGAGAGAGAAUGCCCUUUGUCGGCAUGCUCUUCACGGGCUUGAUGAUCACCAAGAAUGGGCCGAAAGUCCUGGAGUACAAUGUCAGGGGAGGAGAUCCAGAAACACAGACCCUGCUUCCACUUCUCAGCGACAGGACUGAUCUUGCCCAGGUCAUGCUGGCAUGCACGGAGCAUUGGCUAGACGGCGUCGAUCUCGAAAUUGAACCCAGAUUCUCUGCCACUGUGGUUGCAUGCUCCGAAGGCUACCCUGGUCCCUAUGCCAAAAAUCGACCGAUCACCUUACAGCAGCAGCAGCUUCCACCUAAGACCCACAUUUUCCAUGCCGGUACAAUCAGGGAGGGAAAGCAAGUCAUCUCCAUGGGUGGGCGCGUAAUCUGUGCAACGGCAACGGCAGACACGUUGGAAGAGGCGGUCGCUCUGGCAUACGAUGGGAUGGGUACCAUCAAGUUCCAGGGCAUGCAUUUCAGGAAGGACAUUGCUCAUCGGGCCUUCAAACGCAAGGCCGAUAACCUGAUUGUCGAGCAGAAUGGGAUGACCUACGCCUCCGCGGGAGUGUCCAUCGACGCAGGCAAUGACCUGGUCAAGAGAAUCAAGCCCUGGGUGAAGAAGACCGCACGGCCUGGUGCUGAUGCUGACCUAGGCGGCUUUGGUGGUGCCUUUGACCUUGCUAAGGCGGGAUAUCACAAGGAUUCUCCAAUCCUGAUCAGCGCAACCGACGGAGUCGGCUCGAAACUCAAGAUCGCUCAUGCUAUGAAUAUCCACGACACCGUUGGCAUUGAUCUGGUUGCCAUGAAUGUAAAUGAUCUCGUCGUCCAAGGAGCUCGACCCCACAUCUUCCUUGACUAUUUCGGCUGCAGUAUUCUUGAUGUGGACGCCGCGAGUGCCUUUAUCCGAGGCGUUUGUGAUGGCUGCGAGAUCGCACACUGCACUCUGGUUGGUGGAGAGACUUCAGAGAUGCCCGGUGUCUACAGCGGCACCGAAUACGACGCUGUCGGUACGGCUGUCGGUGCUGUUGAUAAGGCAGCUGGCCAGAAAAUCUUGCCGGACAUGGAGAGCAUGGUCGAAGGCGACGUACUUCUGGGCCUGGCGUCGAGUGGCGUGCACUCGAACGGCUUCUCCCUGGUUCGGCGAAUCAUCGAGAAGAUGCAUCUUACUUUCUUAGAUGCUGCUCCAUGGGACGUGGAGACCACGCUCGGCGAAUCCCUACUUAUCCCCACCCGCAUAUAUGUCGUUCCACUGUUGAAAGCCAUCGAACGGGACCUGAUCAAAGGGAUGGCGCAUAUUACAGGCGGUGGAGUGCUGGAGAACGUACCAAGAAUGCUGCCCAAACGCCUGGCCGCCGAGAUUGAUGUGUCUGCUUGGGAUCGACCCCCUGUGUUCAGAUGGCUUCAAGAGGCUGGAAACGUGAGUAACGAAGAGAUGAGUCGAACGUUCAACAAUGGAAUAGGCAUGGUUCUCGUCGUGUCGAGUGUUGCUGCAGGAGAAGUGAAGAGGAUUCUCGAAGAGAAUGGGGAGACCGUCUUUCGCAUCGGUAAGCUGGUCGAACGGGAGAAUGACGGCUGUGUCCUCAAGAAUCUUAGCAGCUGGAGUGCGCCGUGA